UCGAUAACAAAGAUAAAAUAAUAAACAAUAUGUCCAUUUUAUGUUUAGGUCCAAAAUCGUCUGGUAAAACUUUACUUCUUAAGAAACUACAAAAUGAGAACAAUGUGGACAUCACAUCAACGUCUGUGCCGACUGUAGGUACUAAUAUAUACACCAUAAAACAUAAUGAGUAUAUUAUGGAAGUACGUGAAAUAGGAGGUUCCAUGGCUCCUUUAUGGCACAAAUACUUUGGAGGAAUCUCUAUAAUUAUAUAUGUAAUAGAUGCAUCCAAUUUGUGUCAGAUCUCUGCGGCAGGAGUCCUUCUUUACACGUUUCUGGCAAACCCCGCUCUACUUUACAGUAAAAUUCUUCUAGUCUUAUCAAAAUCAGAUGCAAGUUAUCGUCAAAUGAGAAAUGAAGCUCUAUUGAUGCUCCAAAUGAAAAGAUUGGAAACAGAAAUAAACCAAAAAAUAACAAUUGUAGUUGCAAGUGCCAUAACAGGGGAAGGAAGAGAAGAAAUUCUGGAGUGGAUUAAGGAACAAUCUAUCAGACACUUUCACUGAAGAUCAUUGAAGCGUUUUAUUACUUUCAUUUGAACAACAUUAAUCUUUUUUGUCACUUUCCUCGAAAAUCAACAAUGUUUCAUGGUCUAUUGAUUAAUCAUUUUGCUAUAUAACACAUCAUUACAGUUGACUGAAAUGUAGUUCACUAAAUAUCUACCUUGCCGAAAUAAACACUAAAAUGUCUAGAAUUACCCUUAUUUGUCUAUAUAUGUGUGUAUUUAUUACUUUGGUUAAAUGUUAUCCAUUACCACAAGAUUUAGAAGGUGCAGCAACGGGUGAUGAUCAUCAUGGUAGAGUUCAAAUGAAGAUAUUCAGAGGCCCUACAGAACAUGACGGCCACCAUCAUUUUGCUCCUUGGGGUUACUGGGUUAAGCAACCCACCGAUCAUGAUCACUAGUAUCAAACCAAAGAUUUAAUUAUAUAAUAAAAUUGAUGACUGCUGAAUUUUAAAACAUCAAACAAUAAAUGAUUUUUUAUGUUAAA